UAGAGAAAGGGAGACGCUGUGCGAUGCGAUGGUUUAACGCGCGCCGUGGGCGGCGUGCGCUGGUUUCGCUGCUGUUCUGGGUCGGCUGUCAAAUUUGCGCAGCACAGUGGGAGCUGACGCUUCUGCACACAAACGAUGUCCAUGCACGCAUCGAAGAGACAAACAAGGACUCUGGCAAAUGUACCAAAGGUGGCUGUUUCGCUGGAGUAGCAAGGCGAGCUACAAAAAUAAAGGAAAUACGUGAUAAAGAGAAGAACGUGUUGCUCUUAGAUGCGGGGGAUCAGUUUCAAGGCACUGUGUGGUUUAACUUUUAUAAAGGCAAAGAGGCGGCAUACUUCAUGAACAAACUCGGAUACGAUGCCAUGGCCCUAGGGAACCAUGAGUUUGACAAUGGAGUGGAUGGUCUCAUUACACCCUUUCUUCAGAUGGUAAAUUGCACUGUGCUCAGUGCUAAUAUAAAGCCAGAUGACAAUCUUGCACCAAAGAUUAGCGGAUAUUAUUUAUCUUAUAAAAUCUUCACUGUCAACACCGAGAAAGUCGCUGUAGUGGGAUACACAUCUAGGGAAACUCCUGCUCUCUCACUGCCAGGUCCACAUCUGCGUUUUGAAGAGGAGGUCAGCUCUUUGCAGAUGGAAGUCUCCAAGCUCAUCACCCUGGGCAUCAACAAGAUCAUUGCUCUCGGCCACUCCGGCUUUGCCGUGGACAAGGAGAUCGCCAAGAAGGUUCAGGGACUGGAUGUGGUCAUCGGCGGACACACCAACACUUUCUUAUACACGGGGGAUCCCCCCUCCACAGAAGUGCCAGCAGGACCCUACCCGUUAAUGGUGCAGUCAGAGGACGGGCGUCAGGUGCCUGUGGUCCAAGCAUAUGCCUUUGGAAAAUACCUCGGUUGCCUUAAAAUUACCUUUGACUCUGAAGGUCAUGUGUUAAAAGCGGUGGGAAAUCCAAUUCUUCUGGAUAGUAAUGUAACUGAAGACCCAGUCAUUAAGGCAGAUGUGGAUUCCUGGAGGGUGAACUUGGCCAAUUACUCAUCCCAGUAUGUGGGCCAGACUCUGGUUUAUCUCAACGGAUCAUUUGAAGAGUGUCGUUUUCGUGAGUGUAACCUAGGGAACCUGCUCUGCGAUGCCAUGGUUCAUCACUACAUCAAAUAUCCAGAUGAAACCCAGUGGAACCAUGUUGCUGCUAGUAUUUUAAAUGGAGGAGGUAUUCGAAACUCUAUCGAUGAGCGCAGCAGAAAUGGCACCAUGACCAUGGAGGACGUGAUCAGCGUGCUGCCGUUUGGAGGGACUCUCGACCUGGUCCUGCUGAAUGGCUCAACACUGCUGAAGGCCUUCGAGCAUAGCGUGCAUAGAUAUGGCAGCAGCACAGGGGAGUUCCUGCAGGUCUCUGGGUUUCAGAUAGAAUACGACCUGACCAUGCCCGCAGGCCAGCGGGUGAAGAAAGCAAGCAUCUUGUGCACGGACUGUAGGGUGCCACACUACGAGACCCUGCUCCCUAAGAAGGUCUACAAAGUGGUGAUACCGUCCUACCUGGUGGAUGGAGGAGAUGGCUACUCCAUGAUCAAAGAGGAAAAACUGAGGCAUGACAGUGGUGACCUAGACAUAUCUGUCAUUGCCAGCUACAUGUCUGAGAGGAAGAGAGUUCACCCAUUCGUGGAGGGUCGCAUCAGAAUCUUCAACUCUGCCCCUGGACAGCUGAGUGUCAUGAUCGCACUGUUGUUGUCUGGGGUACUGUGGGCUUUAUCUGUGACCCUCAGAGAUUAGAUUGUUAAUUCACUUUGUUUUGUGUUUUGGAUUGUCAAUUAAGAUUACUGACAAUACAUGCCUAGACGACUAAACAUGCUGGAUAUUCAGUACUUUGUGCUAUAUGUCCAUAUUGAGUUUCCUGUCUGAUGAUAACUUUUAUUAGAUACCUGGGCUUGAGACCAAGCCCAGGAGUGGGUUUGUGAAAAGUACAGAUGUGUAUCUUAACAACUGUGCAGAUGACUGUAGUAACUGUCACCUUUCACCUUUCACUCUGCCAGGGCAGCUUCUGUUGUUUUUCACAAGAAUUGCAAAAGAAAUGUCUGCAGAAUAUCAAUGUAAUAUGCGUUUUUUUAAGACACAGCAUAAUCAUUGUAUUAUAACUGUUGCUACAUAUAGGACAGGUUUUCCUGACCCAGAUUAAGCCUGAGCUUUGUCUAAAAUGUAAUUUCAGCUACCAGCAGGAUUGCAGUUUAGUAAAAGGCUAAAUUUAAUCAUUUUUGGAUUAUUAUGACACCCCAUAUUUUAUUAAAUAUCAGAAACAAUAUAAGGUUAAUAUUUAGACAACAAUAUUUAGACAAAUUCCUAACAGAUUUCCAUUACUGGUUAUCUUCACAUUAGAUAUCAGAUAUAUUGUAAAUAUUCUUUGUAUUUAUUCACAAAGGAAGAGCAGUAACAUUGCUUCAAAUAUAGCCUAAGACAGACUACCAGUGUAAUUUAAUGGUAAAUAUUAGCUUUCACAGUAACCUUCCACAAUAACAAUAACUACACACAGUGUACUAGAAACUAGUAGACAUUUUAUUUUGAUUGCAGUUAUUAUGAAGCAUUUAGUGUGUAAACUCUUAUAAUUUCAAAUUUCUUUUGGGAGAUGUUUUUUCCUGUUAAGAAAUGUACAAAAGGAUGCCCAUCUUAUAUUGCCUUUGAACAACCAAUAUGCUUAUAGCACUGAUUCGGUAUCUAAGGAAAUUCUUGUAGCUGUUCGCAGCAGAUGAAUGAGUUUGGAAGUCAUGCAGCAACUGAAUUAGAAGAGAAUUCAUUGCAAUUCUGUGAGAACACAGCUGUUAGGGUCCCACCCCUCAAAGACAAA